UUUCCUUCUUUGAAGAGACCCUGUAACCAUUCGACCAGGUGUUGAGAAGAUAUGUAGGAGCUGAGCACUCUUCCUUUUGACACCAUCCUCAGAAUCAGCUUUGGAGAUGCUUUCACCCUGUCCGUCUUCUGCAGCAGCCAGGCAGAGUGCUUAUUCCUUCACAGUUGUGAGGAACUCUUCAGGCUCCAGAAGUUCUUAAAUCUGAUCUACAAUGGAAAAAUUUCUUUUUUAUCUGUUCUUCAUUGGCAUAGCAGUGAAAGCUCAGAUCUGUCCAAAGCGUUGUGUCUGUCAGAUUUUGUCUCCUAAUCUUGCAACCCUUUGUGCCAAGAAAGGGCUUUUAUUUGUUCCACCAAACAUUGACAGAAGAACUGUGGAACUGCGGCUGGCAGACAAUUUUGUAACAAAUAUUAAAAGGAAAGAUUUUGCCAAUAUGACCAGCUUGGUGGACCUGACUCUAUCUAGGAAUACAAUAAGUUUUAUUACACCUCAUGCUUUUGCUGACCUACGAAAUUUGAGGGCUUUGCAUUUGAAUAGUAACAGAUUGACUAAAAUUACAAAUGACAUGUUCAGUGGUCUUUCCAAUCUUCAUCAUUUGAUAUUGAAUAACAAUCAGCUGACUUUAAUUUCUUCGACAGCAUUUGAUGAUGUCUUUGCCCUUGAGGAGCUGGAUCUGUCCUAUAAUAAUCUAGAAACCAUUCCUUGGGAUGCUGUUGAGAAGAUGGUUAGCCUGCAUACCCUUAGUUUGGAUCACAACAUGAUUGAUAACAUUCCUAAGGGAACUUUCUCUCACUUGCACAAGAUGACUCGGUUAGAUGUAACAUCAAAUAAAUUGCAGAAGCUACCACCUGACCCUCUCUUUCAGCGAGCUCAGGUAUUAGCAACCUCAGGAAUCAUAAGCCCAUCUACUUUUGCAUUAAGUUUUGGUGGAAACCCCUUGCAUUGCAAUUGCGAAUUGUUAUGGUUGAGGCGUCUGUCCAGAGAAGAUGACCUUGAGACCUGUGCUUCUCCUCCGCUUUUAACUGGCCGCUAUUUUUGGUCAAUUCCUGAAGAAGAAUUUUUGUGUGAGCCUCCUCUCAUUACUCGUCAUACACAUGAGAUGAGAGUCCUGGAGGGUCAAAGGGCAACACUGAGGUGCAAAGCCAGGGGAGACCCUGAACCUGCCAUCCACUGGAUUUCUCCUGAAGGGAAGCUUAUUUCAAAUGCAACGAGAUCUCUUGUGUAUGAUAAUGGAACACUUGACAUUCUUAUAACAACUGUAAAGGAUACAGGUGCUUUUACCUGCAUUGCUUCCAAUCCUGCUGGCGAAGCAACACAAACAGUGGAUCUUCAUAUAAUUAAGCUCCCUCAUCUACUAAACAGUACAAACCACAUCCAUGAGCCUGAUCCUGGUUCUUCAGAUAUCUCAACUUCUACGAAGUCAGGGUCUAAUGCAAGUAGUAGUAAUGGGGAUACUAAAAUAAGUCAAGAUAAAAUUGUGGUGGCAGAAGCAACAUCAUCAACAGCACUACUUAAAUUUAAUUUUCAAAGAAACAUCCCUGGAAUACGUAUGUUUCAGAUCCAGUACAAUGGUACUUAUGAUGACACUCUUGUUUACAGAAUGAUACCUCCUACGAGCAAAACCUUUCUGGUCAAUAAUCUGGCUGCUGGAACUAUGUAUGACUUGUGUGUCUUGGCCAUAUAUGACGAUGGCAUCACUUCCCUCACUGCCACAAGAGUUGUGGGUUGCAUCCAGUUUACUACGGAACAGGAUUAUGUGCGUUGCCAUUUCAUGCAGUCCCAGUUUUUGGGAGGCACUAUGAUUAUUAUUAUUGGUGGCAUCAUUGUAGCGUCUGUGUUGGUAUUCAUCAUCAUUCUGAUGAUCCGGUAUAAGGUUUGCAACAAUAAUGGGCAACACAAGGUCACCAAGGUUAGCAAUGUGUAUUCUCAAACUAAUGGGGCUCAAAUACAAGCCUGCAGUGUAACGCUGCCCCAGUCAGUGUCCAAACAAGCUGUGGGACAUGAAGAGAACACCCAGUGUUGUAAAGCUGCCAAUGACAACGUGAUUCAAUCUUCAGAAACUUGUUCGAGUCAGGACUCCUCUACCACUACCUCUGCUUUGCCGCCUUCCUGGACUUCAAGUGCUUCUGUGUCCCAAAAGCAGAAAAGAAAGACGGGCACAAAGCCAAGUACCGAACCACAGAAUGAAGCUGUCACAAAUAUUGAGUCCCAAAACACUAACAGGAACAACUCAACUGCUUUGCAGUUAGCUAGCCGACCUCCUGAUUCUGUCACAGAGGGGCCCACAUCUAAAAGAGCACAUACAAAGCCAAAUGCUUUGCUGACUAAUGUUGACCAGAUUGUCCAGGAAACACAGAGGCUGGAGUUAAUCUGAAGAGCAUCACUUCUUCUCUGUCUCCUGAAAAAAGUUGCCACUGAUAUUUUUACUGGAUAAAAUUCAAAAAUGUUUCAAUUAACAGAGGCUAAUUGUCGAACUGGUGUUGUAGAAGAAAUUGUCUACAGGAGCUGAGGUGAAAGUCUCCGAUGCCGGCAGAACUGGCUCUAUCAGACCAUGGUUCAUCCUCUUUUAAAACCAAAUUUUUUUUCUUCUGACCUACAAGUAUUUUUUUUAAGAAAAAGAAAAAAAGCCUACUUUGGCAUCAAGUUCUGUAUCAAUCCAUCUUAAACAUUGCCAUCCAUGAUUUAACAGACUGUAGAAUCUUGAAUAAUCUAUAUCACUUUAACAAAUAAAUGUUUUAUUAUGACAGAA